AAGCACUUCCGGCGUUGGCGGCAUUGCUGGUACCGCAAUUUAUACGCUGUUGUAUUAGAAUUCUCUAAUUUGAAUACCAUAAAUUGAAAUUCACAAACAUAAUUUAGAAAUGACUGUGGGCAGUCAUCGUCCACGUUGUUUCUUUGACAUUAGCAUUGGAGACCAGCCAGUUGGCCGUGUUGUUUUUGAGCUGUAUGCUGAUGUAGUUCCUAAGACAUGUGAAAACUUCAGGGCUCUCUGCACAGGUGAACUGGGUGUAAGUGAAAAAACUGGAAACACUUUACAUUACAAGGGAGCCUUAUUUCAUAGAGUAGUGAAAGACUUUGUCAUACAAGGUGGAGAUUUUACUAAAUUUGAUGGAACUGGUGGAGAAUCCAUUUAUGGUGGUGUCUUUCCAGAUGAAAAUUUUACGCUCAAACAUGACAAAGAGUUUCUUUUGUCAAUGGCUAACAAGGGAAAAGACACUAAUGGAAGCCAAUUCUUUAUCACAACAAAGUCUACCCCUCACUUAGACAAUGUCCAUGUUGUAUUUGGUCAUGUGCUGUCUGGACAAGACAUAGUGAGGACAGUUGAAAACUUACCAGUGGAUGGGAAAAGUCGUCCGACCUCUGAUGUGAAAAUAACAAAUUGUGGAGAAUUAGUGUUACAACUUAAAUCUAAAUCUAAAAAGAGGGCUAAAGCAGAAUCUGACAGUUCUGAUUCUGAGAAAGAAACAAAAAAGAAAAGCAAGAAGAAAAAGCACCACCACAAAAGAAAGCACAAGAAGAGAGAUUCCAAGAAAAAGAAGAAGGACAAGAAGUCUCAUUCUGAAAAUGAAGAAGAAGAUGUUGAAGGAAAGAAAGAGGAAAAGAAGGAAGAGGUUACUUCUGUAUUUGCUGACAUUCGUUCUGAUGAGAUUCCUGAAGUUCCCUUCCAAAAUUUCUUGUACCGAGGGAAAAAGAAAGAAGAUGAAGAGAAAGAAAAGGAGGAAAAUGUCGAUGAAAACAACAAAGAAAAGCCAGCUGAUAUAAAGCCGAGAGAUAGAUCUCCUAGACGUAGAGACAACAGAAAUAACAGACCUAUAGUCUCAGCUUCAGGACGUAAAUUAAAAGGCCGUGGCGCUAUCAGAUUCCGCAGCAGGUCUCGCUCUACAACUCCACCUCAUUGGAAACAAGAACAAAGAAGAGCUAUACCACUGAGUGAGGCAGAAAAGAUUGCAGAAAGGAGAUGGAGUAAAGGGGAGACAGUUGAGAAACCUGAGAGGAAGAAAGAGUUUGAUAGAGGAAGAAAUGCACCUGCUGGUAGAUUUGACAGGGGUAGGGGAGACCCAGAUGCUGAAGAUGACAGGAAACUAGAAAAUGGUCGCUAUAAAAAACAGGGGAAUGAUGAGGAAGAAAAGAUUGAAAGAAAGAAGAAACCGCAAACUGAAGAUAGUGGUGAUGAGAAAGAAGAGAAAAAGCGCAAAAAGGAGAAAAAUGAAGGCCCCAGAGAUCAGUCAGAAGACAGUGACAUAGAGACUGGUUCAGGUAAAGAUGUUGAAGUUAGGAGUAGAAAGGAGAAGGACAAGGCAAAGGAAAGGAGCAGAGAAGCAAGGAACAGACGAGAGAGUGAGCGCAACAAGUCUGAAAACAGAAGCUCAUCUCCUGAAGAUAAAACCUCAAGAGAUAAGAAAGUAAGAGCAAGGGAAAAAUCACCACCUCAACAACGGAGAGACAAUAGAAGAGAUUCCAGAAGAUCUCAUUCUACUGACAGAAAAGACAGUCGGAGAGAUAUAAGUGACUCAAGAAAUCGCUCACUUAGGGAAGAAAAUUCAGAAAGUAGUAAGUACUUAAAUCAUCGUAGGCGAGACUCUAGGCGCUCUAAGAGCUCAGAUAAAAGUGAUGUUGAUACAUCUAAAAAGCCUAGAGACAGCAGGUCAUCUCCACCCUCUAGAAGGUUUCAAGAGAAGUCUAGAACAGAUGAGAGAAAGAGGUCACCACAGAGACAUAUCAAUCGCAGGGAUAGGUCAGCCUCUAGGGAUAGAAAGAGGAAACAUUCUAGUUCUAAAGAGAGGUCACUAUCUCGAGACAGAAAAAGAAAACAAUCUAGUUCUAAGGAGAGAUCAGCCUCUCGGGAAAGGAAAAGAAAAAAUUCAAGCUCAAAGGAAAGGUCUGCCUCCAGAGAAAGAAAACGAAAGCAUUCAAGUUCAAAAGAGAGAUCUACAUCACGAGACAGGAAAAGGAAGGAUUCUAGUUCAAAUGAAAGACCCCAAGAUAAAAAUAAAAUUGAUUUUAGACGCCGCAAGAGGUCUGAUUCUAGUGUGGAGCGUAAAAAAGAAAAGGAUAAAAGGCAAAAACGUGAGAGUUCAUCUAGUUCUGAGGAUGAACAAUCUAUGAAAGAAACUAGGUGGAAGAAGUUGAGUAUUGUGAGGAAAAAAUCUGACAGUCCUCCUCCCACUCAUUGGAAACCAGGAUCCAAACCUGCCAAAAUCACUAAUAAAGCUGACAAGCUCAAGAAUUCUUUAGAUGAAGCCCCUCUGUCAUAUCUUCAAGAGACAGAAGCCAUGAUCAAAGCCCAGCUGGCAGCUGACAGUAUUGAUGAAGUUCUCACAACUCCUGCACCUCUUGCUGCCAAGAUUCAAUACAAGUUGGAUGGGGGAGAACAGAUACAAUAUAGUGUCACUACAGUCAACUCCACUGGUGGGAAGUCUGAUUUAGCUGCUGGUUCUACACGUUCUCUGCCAGUUGCUGCUAAGUCAAGGUCACGAUCAAGUUCCAGUUCCUCUAGCUCUGGAUCUUCCAGGUCACGCUCUAGAUCAAGCUCUAAAGAUUCCAAGUCCAAAAAUAGCAAAAGAUCAAGCCAUGAGAAAAAACAAAAAAGAUUUGUGGAAGAAAAGAAAUGGGAACCACCUUUUGAACCUGAAGAUGUUGAGAAAGAUGAUGAUAUUCAGCCAAUUGUUAAACCUGCUGUGGCACCAGAUACAGAUAGGAAACCAGAACUCAAAACAACUGGCUUACCAACUCUGGAUAAAAUGUUUGAAAAUAACAAGCAAAAAGAGCAGAAUACACAGCCAGAAAAGCCAAAACGAUCAUCUUCAUCAUCAUCCUCCUCCUCUUCUUCGCCAAGACGAGAAUCAGACAGGUCAAGAUCUAGAUCAGGCUCAGAAUCCCCUUCACGUCUUAGAGCAACACUGUUAGAGCAGAGAAGGCGAAGAACAGAAGAUGGGGAUGAAACGGUUGUUAGGGGUCCAGAAAAGAAAGAAACGGGUAGUAAAGAUACUUCUGAAGAUGUGAAAAAUUCCAUGUCAUCCUCAUCUUCCUCUCCGGAACCACCGCCAGUAAUUCCAAGAGUGAAUCGCUCCAGAUUUGACGUGCCCCCAAAGGGAUUUGAUGCCAGUGAGGCUAAGAGGGAGACAGCACCUUCCAUCCACAGUGAACCAAGUUUAAAGCCACCUCUUCCACCCCACCCUCCAGCACCUGAAACUGUUUCUGACCAGCUCCUGACUGUCAGUCCAUCAGUGCCAGUAUGCCCUGGCAUAUUACCCCCGCCACAGCAAAGCUUUGUGACUUCUUACCCUUCAUUAAAUCAACCUCCAUUACCGCCCAUGCCAUCACCUGGAUUGAUUAUUCCACCUCCUCCUUUGCCAGAUUCUCAGCCAACCAUCCCUUCACCAGUGACGCCCAUAGAAAUACGAAUGGCUGCAAACAUUGAUAUGUUUCAGUUGUCUGAGGUUCCUCUGCCUGGUGAGAUCAGCACAGUGGUUCCUUUGAAGCCUCAGUCAGGCCCAGAUAAAACCACACCAAUCAAAGCCAGUCAAGCCGCUUUACCUGAACAAAAGACACCUGUUAACUCAGACAGCUCCCCGAAGAAACAAACUGACAGAAAAUCACGUAGGAGUAAUAGCCAUUCUGACAAGGCCAGAUCCUCUUCAGAAUCAUCUUCAUCUUCACAUUCAUCUUCUAGGGAAAGGAAGAAAAAAUCUUCCCCCUCUCUUCAGGCUCCUGGUGCUAGUGAUUUAGGUGAAACAGCUAAAACUUCAGAUACAGGUGCAAAACCAGAAACAGUACAAGAAACAGCAGAUAUUUCAAAAUCUGUGAAAGACAGUUCACCUGUAAAAACUACAGUGGUUAAAAAAGAAGAAAAGUCUAAAGAUGAGAAGGCAGAGAAGAAGACUGAGAGAAAACCUUCAGAAAAAUCUUCACGUGAUAGGGAGUCAUCAAGGUCUAAAUUAGGCAGUGCGUCUUCUGCAAGAGACAGGAGAAGGUCACGCUCCAAGGAGUCUAAAUCUACUAGAAGAUCCAGUCCAUCUCCAAGACAUCGCUCUAGGUCAAGGUCCUUAACCAGGAGGCGUAGGUCACCACCUAGACGAAGGUCACGAUCUAGGUCUUUUAGGAGGAGGUCACCUUUCAGAUCAUCUUGGGCUAGUCGUCAAAGAGGAAGAUAUGAUAGGUCUCCUAGAAAGCGCAGGUCUAGAACACGUAGUCGGGACCGCCGCCGUCGUGGCGCCAGAAGAUCUGACAGCCGCUCAAGGAGUAGCAGUCACAGUAGUCGCAGCAGCAGCAGAUCCAAACGGAGAUCCUCAUCAUCCUCCAGUGACUAAUGGUGUGUUCUGUUGAUUCUAGUGUUUGGUUUUCUUGUUUCUUAUUACAUCCACUUGUAUAUGCUGGUUACUACAGUAUAUUGAUCUACUCUCUGUGAGAUCAUUGUUUGUCUGGGGUUAUAAGCCAUAUUGUUCUCCAUUGCUUUUGGAUUUGUAAGAAGUUGACUUCUUUGUUUUGUCUAAUUCUAGUGUGUUUGUUCCUUAAGUAGAAUAGUCAAAAACUUAGACACUUGAUAAUUCACACAGUGAGGUAGUUACAUCUUAAGUCUAUGAUACAAAGCAACAUGCUUUCCUAAUAUUGUGCAUAUUUUUCCAGAUCUUUUGUGUUUUGAUAUUUAUUUUAUUUUUGGUACAUUAAGUACUUUUAAAAUGUAUUGUUGAUAUGAUGCAAAUUGCAUGGUGAAAACAUAGACAACUGUUUUCAAGACUUGAAAACGGUUUUAAGAUAUUUGAGCCUGUUAAUAUUUGAUAAAAAUGAUUGAAAUAGGGAGCAGUCUAUGUUCAAACAGCUAACUUUGUAGUUGUUGGAUAGCUGUCUAAUGAAGUUAAAAAGUUUUUUGUUGUUUUUUUUUUAUUUAAAAAACCCUUAUUAUAAACAGCAGACAUUACAUUAUUGUAUUUGUUAAAAAUAGAUUUUUUUAAUGUGUUUAAGAUAAAAACUGGUUUUCACAGAAAGUAAACACUUUAAGAAAAGUAACUUACCAGAUUGUAAUUAAUUUAUUUAUAUUUCAGGUUUGUUUUUUAAAUGUAAAUAUUUUUAGUAGUUGCUUCACCUAAGAUGAUUUUUAACUAAUGAUUUUAUCCAAAUUGAGAUACUAGUGCUAGACGCAACAACAUUGGCAUAGUUGAGGAACCUUAUAACUAAGGUCUUUGGUUAGAGGUGUAGACAGUAAUUUGUCUGAUAUUUUGUGUCAGAUUUUACAUCAAAGGAAUUAAUUUGCAACAGGUAAAAGAAAGCAAAUAGAUUCAGUUGGUACCUUUUUUUUUUACACUUUCCCAACAAUCACUGACAUUUGUGGUCAUACUUUUUAAAAGCCUAAUUCUUUCUUGCUGUCUACAUAAUGAAAUCUGUUGAGCUUAGUCUUUUUUCUAGUUUCUCACAUUGAUUGUUGUAGUGCUGAUUGAUUGUUGUUUUAGUCCUUGUUUUAAGCAAAUGUUAAUGCUACAUGGUCACCUGUAAAAACACAAGCUGUGAUUUUGUUGGCACUAAGUAAAGAAGGCUUGUGUUCUUAGUGUUAGCAGUGCUUGUCUUUAUUAGGCAGUCUUGACCAUUUUAAUUAGAAAAAUAAUGCUGAGUGUUGAUCCAUCUAUUUUGUUACGCAUUGUUUUUUUAUUCAUGUAAUUAUGACAUUGAUUAAAGUAUUAUUUGUCUAUUAAUGGUAUUUCUUUUUCAAAUGGCUCAGUUUGUUUGGUUGUGUUGUUUGAUUUGCCCAGUUUUAGCAGAAUGUAAGUUAAAAAUGACACUUUUGUAAAGUCUAGCUAAAUAAAAACAGCUAAAUCAGAUUUAAAUUUUGUAAACUUUAGAAGUCCAAUAGGUACUCUGGCACUUCAAAAGGUAAUUUGAAAAGCCCAAUAAUACAUAGGGGGAAAUAAUGGAAGGUGUUUUAAAAUUUUAACUGAUACAUUUUAAAACAAAAUUAUUCCACUCUUUGUUUUGGAGUUACAAUGUAUUUUUACUUUAUAUAUAUGUAUAUAUAUAUACACACACAUAAUCUAAAACAGGAAAUAAAACCAAUCUUUUGCUCAAACAUUCUAUGCAAUGAUCUUUUAUGUUGUUAAGUUACUUUUCUCAGAAGUUUGUACUUGAUAAACAGUACUUUUGCAUGAUUUCUUACCGAGUAAAGCCAACCUCAUUUUUGUGCUGGUAUCACCACCAUAGUUCUCUAACCUUAAAAGGCAGAAAAUAACUACAUUGUUGUAUUGUCUUGUCAUUAUUCAUGGAAGUACCUAAUUUUCUAUCACUGGAACUGAGUCUUGAUUCAGCAUCUUAAAGUUACUUUUAAAAUAAUGCACAUUUUAAGUAUAAAAAAUUUAAAAUAUUUAUCUUUUUUGAAUAUUAAAUGUUGCGUUUUUAACAGAUUUAAUCUGUAGGAAACUAGAUCUAGUAGGCUAUAUUGAUAAUCAAAAUACUAUUUUAAAAAAUAAAAUGGUGAUGAAAUAUAUGUAGUUUUAAAAAAUGAUAGUUUUCAUAGGAUUGUUUUGAGUAUUACAUUUUAUUUGGAAUCCUAAUGGUAGAUAGGUUUUUAUACUACUAUAAUACUAAUAUGAGGAAAAAAGAAAUUCUUUAGUUGCUUAGACCUAAAGAUGUGACCCUUGUGUUGCAAUAAAAAAAUCAAAGAUUAAUUAAAUGACAUAGUAAAUUCAAUGUCAGUGAGUAAAGGCAUGUUCAACCAAGGUCGUACAGCUUAUAUUGCUUUCAAUAAUAAAAAAAAAUGUCAAUCUAAAGUGCUUACCUGGGAAUGUAUAUAUGAAAAAAAAAACUUUGAAUAUUUUCAAUUCUUAGUAGUGUUUUUGUUAGUUCUAAAGAAUUAUUUAUUCUUAUCUAAGUAUUUGUUUUUGUCAAAAUGCAUAAUAGCUCAUACAAAUAAAUAAAAAAUUGUAUUUAAUUUAACAGGUCUGCUUAUGAAAUGGCUAAAUAAGCUUGUUUUACUCACAGAAAUACAAAUAAAACAAUACCUAUAACGAAAUAGGCCUGCCUGUAAUAUUUUAUGAAGCCUAGGUCAGAGUAAUAAAUAUUUCAAUUUGAUUGUCAGAGUCUGUAUUUUCAUGGUAAUAAUGCAAUAAAAGCAAAACCUUAACCAGGCUAAAAAAUAAGAAACAAAUAUAACAGGCAUAUCAAAUUUCUUUUUUGCUUAAGUUUACUAUUGAAAUUAGUUGUAUUAAAUGCUCAAAUAAUUAAAGUUAAUAAGAUGUCUAUUAAUAUUUUACUCAAAAUCGUGCACUGGUUCAGUAUUACAGCAUUCACAUAAUUCACUUGUUGAAGGAGCAAUGUAUACUAACUGGAUGUUAAACUUUUUACCUUAAUGUCAGUUGUACUGUACAGUCACUUAAUUAUUAAUUUGUCGAAAGUAAAGCACGUAAAAUGUUCUAAUAAAAACAUUAAAGGUUACUUCUAGAAUUUCAAUUCGAUAGCUAACAUCUUCUGUGUCUUAGCUUAGCUUAACCCAUGCUAAAAGCUAUGGUUAAAUAAUUAAUUUCUUUGUCUGAAGACUGGGAAAUCAAGGGAGUGAACUGCUUGAAUAUUCCUGUGGCAGAGUUCUCUGUUUUUUAUUUUACCAUUUCUACUUACAUUUUCCCCUCUGUGUGUUGCAAUGUUCUUUUUUUAUUUCUGCGUUUGAUGUUUAACAUGCUUAGUAUCAAAUAUUGGUGUUAUUUUAAUUUUAUAUUUUAUCUAAAAUGUGUGAGCUUAUCAUAUCACCAGUCUACAUUAGUCACCCUGUUCAAACUUUCUCUUCAGUUGUUUGUGUAGUUAUGAAUGGGAUACUUGUUUUAUGAUAACCACUUCUUGUAUACAUUUUCAUAUCAUCGCAUGUCAUUUCUGUAAGUGUAGUAAGAAAGACUCAUUACAUGAAUGAUGUGUAGCCAUUACAUUACCAUUGUAAGUAAGCAAGACUCAUUACAUGAAAAAACUGGUGUAGCCAUUACAUGUUGCAUUGUGAGUAAGCAAAACUCAUUACAUAGAAGACCUGUGUAACCAUUACAUUUAUCAUUCAAAGUAAGCAGAACCCAAUUACUUUUAUGACUGGUGUUUUAUCAUUGAUUUAUCAUUGUAUGAGAGCGGUAUAAAACUUGGCUGAAGAUUUGAACAGUUUCAAAAAUUUGUUGUUAACACUGUGAUCGAGUAGGAGUUGUAAAAAAAUUAAAGGAAGUACUGUAAAGUCUGGAAUUUUU